UUCAUAUUUUUUUUUGUUUUUUACUUGCAGGCUCAGACUAAACCAGAGGAGUGUCUGAGGUGAUAUCGUGGCACAGAGAUCAACUCACUAUAUUCAGAAUCCACCAAGAAGCAGGACUAGGGUUGGGAUGACUCAUCUGUAAAAGCAGUGCAGUCAUUUACCUUCCAGUGCUCUCGACAAUUCUGGGGGAAGACGCCUUUAGAACGCCACAUUCAGUUCCAAUUCCCAGCUCUCAGAAUCCAGAAAGAUGUCAGCAAAGUGGAGGGUACUGGACAAGACCAGCAAAAAAUGAUUAACUGAAAAAAAAUCUUUCUAAUCGUAAAAUUCUUUCCUGGGAGAGAAUUAAGGCUAAAGAAUUGUUACAAUCCGUUUGUUGAGGACAGACAGACAGACAAGAUGGCUCAGGCAAGUCUCCUGGCCUGUGAGGGCCUCUCUGGGGUGUGCCUCGUGCCAACUGUUGCCAGCAAGAAGAUGAUGCCAAAACAGAGCUCCAAGCAGACAGAGAAUGGAGAGAGAGGCACCAGCCCAAACGUGCUGGGUCACCGCCAAGAGAGUGAGAAGUCUCGCAGCCGUAAAGAGGAAGAGCCGGCAGAAGCAUCGCAACCAAAAAAGACUAUUAAAAAGGUAAUGGUGAUCGAACAGAACGGCUCCUUCCAGCUGAGAAUCCCCAAGAACUUUAUUUGUGAGCACUGCUACGGAGCCUUUCGCAGCAGCUACCAUCUCAAGAGACAUAUCCUCAUCCACACCGGUGAGAAGCCAUUUGAGUGUGAUGUGUGUGACAUGCGCUUCAUCCAGAAGUACCACCUGGAGCGUCACAAACGCGUGCAUAGUGGUGAAAAGCCCUACCAGUGCGAGCGCUGCAUGCAGAGCUUCUCCAGGACAGACCGGCUGCUGAGACACAAACGAAUGUGCCAGGGCUGCCAGACCAAAACCCCUGACUCGCAGCUGCUGCUUUAGGAGCCAGGGAGACGUGUUGGAAAAGCUAGGAAGUGGACAGGAUUUUCAGUUUUCUGUGUCUGGUUUUUCCUGCUCCGGCUCCCUUAGCCAAAGGAGACAGAACUGGGGACAGGGACUCUCCUAGACUCUCAGAUGAGGUCCUGACACUGUAAAUAAGCUGAGGAUGAUCUGGAAUCUCUACCCAACCAGCAGACGCCACAGGCAGCUGUGUAUAAACCUUCUCUUCCCAUUGGUUUGUUUUUGAAGCAUCACCAUUUGCCUCUCAGGAAAGGUUUCUGGGGACGACAGAGCAAAGCUAGCUCCGCUCACCUCAAACUCUUAACCCUUCCAAGCACCUGCUUGCACCGCUCAUGCUCAGGGAGAGUUCAAAGGUAUGAAAUCUAGUGGAGUGGAAAUCAACCGUGGUGUUCUUCUGGCUUUUUGCUUUUAACCCGUCUCCCCGGAAGAGAGCAGCAAAGCAGUGGAUUACCAGAGGCAGUUGUGGAGGAUUUUGGUUCGGCGUAAAAUGCAGGAACUCGUCUCAGCUGGGAGCUUGACAAUGAGGUCUGCGAAGCUUUUGUUUCUAGAGUGUCUGGUUUUGUAACCGAGUUUCCUCCUGCUCUUUCCAGUGGGGAUGUCGGAGGGGGAGGGAAGGCGGGGGAGUGUAGCAGUUGCAGGGACGCAGUUGAAACUCUUGUGACGGCCUGUGUGAUCAGUGUCGUGCGGAGCUGUGUUGCUUGGGUGGCUGCCGCACAUGUGGCCGAGGCAAACCCUCAUGGCAUUGUCUGAGCGUGUCUUAGUAACAUCCGAACCCUGGGUGACGGGCACGGCUUGGGAGUAUGAAACCCAUGGCUGUGGGGAAGCUGCUUGGCCUCCUUCCUUGGCCCAGGGUAUGUGAGGAUGCUUGGGGUGAUCACUUAUCACAUGUCACUGUUCCCCGGGGGGGCCUUUGGAAUUCAGAUCCUUGUCUGCUUGCAGCAGCCUGUACUCUGACUUUCUCAGAAAGGCUCUUGCCUCACAUGCUGCAGGGAUUGGGUCUCACUCAGAAAGGAUUUCAGGUGCUUUGUAAUUUGGGAUAAGCCCCACCCUUUUGAGUUUGAGCCUGAGGACUAGCCAGGAAUGGAUCUUUGCCGUGUCUCUUAUGGAGUUGGAGGGAAUGCAAUCCACUCUCGGAUUUCACUGCCAUUACAUUGAUGCUCUGUCCACUGGGAGAAUGUGGGGGACACACCGUGUAAGUAAACUG